AUGACGAGCAACCACGCGCACGAGGGUUCGCCGGGCGGCCUCACAGGCCUGUCCUUGCCACUUUUCGCGACAUCCAUCCUCGCCGCACUGCUCGCCUGGCUUCCAUGGUCUCGGCGUUGGACGUACUCUGGCUGCGCUCUGGAGACACUCGUACUUCUCUACGGCCACGGACUGGGCUCUCGCAUCCUGCCCUCCAUCCACCUCUGGUCCCUCCUCACAACAUUCAACCUGCUGUAUGCCGUCUGCUCGACCUCAUGGCUGCUCUCUGGCCUGUUCACCGCGGCCUGCUAUCCUUUGAUCUUCGUCACCUGCCUAUGCCAGUUUCAGCCAUUCGCCAACCUGGCUCGAAGGACUCUGCGGAAGUCGCUACACCAGCUCCACUUCACCAAAGACAAGAUUGGGCUAUUCAAUCUGCCUGCGUUGGAGAUUGACACGGAUGUCAAUGGCUUGUUGGUCGUCCGCGGGGUGACAGUGUCAUUGUCAACGCUGGACCUUGUCGCUCAUGGCAUCGAACUGGGUAUCAGGCUCACCGACGACAUCGAGCUUGCCAUCUCGGUUGACGAAGUGAAGAUAUCCCUCUUCCGGCGGAUUGCCAUUGGCGAAGUGUUUAUCAAUCUCAAGAACGACAGACUGGAGAUGAUGUUUGAUACACUGAGCAGUCACACUCAAACGGAUGCGGGAAUGAAGAAUCGUUCUGUCCUUCUGUCCGAUACACAGACCCUUAAGACGGCUAUCGCAGGCGCCGAAAAGUUCACGAAGGAAGGGGAACUACGAGAACAGAUGACUGGGGGAAGCCACAUCGAAGACGUUUCCGCUUCGGCAGCACUAGAGCCUGUUGAACUGGUCGAGCUGAGUGACACGGACGCUGAAGGCCGGUAUUUGAGCGCGCUGGACGAGAUCCGCCGAACAAGCGCCGUGGGUCGAGGCCGGUCGAAGGCGAAGGAAAAUGCACAGUCCAAGGUCUCAGAUGAGACCGAUUCUGCACUUGACGACUAUGACGGCGCAAGAGCUCUACUCGUCGCUGAAUUGCAAGCUCUACCAUCUGUUCCACACCCUCCGAGCCAGUCGGUCCGGGUCACUACGCUACAAACCCUCGCACCACCAAGCGUGCGUCGCCUUCUCCAUCGGUUGCCGCUUUUGCUUCGCACUCUUGUGCUCGCGCCCAUCAGCUACCUACACCCCAUCACAGUCCACUGUGUCACUGCAGGACUGCCAGGAUGCUGGGUCUCGGCAAUACUGACCACCAAAGUGUUCAAGCAUUACUCGGAGACGAGCGCUGGGAUCAGGCGCCUUGAGGAGAAGAUUUCCAGCUGGCUCACCGAUGCCAGCUUCUGCCUGCAAUGCGAAGAUUUCGAGGCGGUCGCCCAAGUGCCUUUCAGUUCUGCCGCAGAGGUUUCGGUACAGAUGAAGGUCAAAGGCAUCGCCGCAUACCGCAGCUUUGCGGGUGGGGAGGAAAGUCAGUCUUCUCAGGUCGCUCAGCUGGAUGGUGCCGACGGAUCAAUUGCUCUACCGAUGUAUCUUCUCCCACAUCAUGAGCACAUCAUACCUGAGCCGGGGAGCGACGAGAAUGGUGACAGUGAGACCGACAUGGCCCAGAUUAAGUACAACGUGCAUGCCGCAUUACCCGCUCGUCUGGAUAACAGCCUACUCUCUUUUGUGGCCGCACUUGUCAAGGCCAGCAAGAUCAUCGAGCUCGAGAAGGACUCCGACGGAGAAGAAGACACCAUUUCGGACGCCACUGAACCUCCCACGCCGACGUCACCUGACUCAAUUGAGCUGGCCGCCGAACAAGACCUCAUUGCUUCGACGAAAGAGCAGUCCAAAAGCCCUACACGCUUCAAGACUUUCGCGAAGAACCUUCGUCAAAAUGUCAAGGACGGUACCACAGGCCAGCUGGAGAGCAUCAAGGAGUUCGCCAAAGACGUCAACCAAGCAAGUCGGGACGGCGUGAAGAAGGCAAUCAUCGUUGGCGUGGUGAAUGAUGGGUGGAUUGCCAAGUUGGUCGGGAAGGUUGCGGCGAAGCUCGAACAGGCACAGGGCUCGUUCGGAUAUGCUGGAGUGAUCCCGAUCCCGCUGGGUCCAUAUCGGUCAACGGAAGAUGUUGGAUUGGCCAAGCUGCUGCCUUGA